AUGUCUUUUCGCAAGCGAAACAUUGGUCUUUCUCCCGGUGUUGACCGCAACGCUGUUCCCAAUGCUACCGCUCAGCCCGUGCCAGAGAGCACGCCGGGCAUCCGCCCCUCCCCCGAUGAUGGACGGCCAACAACCUCAACGGGGACUCGAUCUCUAGAUAAUCUUCUUGCGGGUCAUGCGGGCCUUCCAAUGGGAAAACUACUGUUGAUUGAGGAGAAUGGAACUACAGAUUUUGCGGGCGCAUUGCUCCGUUACUAUGCGGCAGAGGGCGUGGUUCAAGAGCAGAAGGUUCAUGUUAUUGGAGUACCAGAGCAAUGGGGCCGAAGUUUGCCUGGCCUGAUUGGUUCAGCAGAAUCUUUAGAUGAGAAGAGAUCUGACAGACGCAAAGAUGAUCGCAUGAAAAUUGCAUGGCGAUACGAGCGACUGGGCGAGUUUGGAGCAGUCGCUGGUUCGCGCGGUGCCCCUACUACCCCCGGAGAACAGGACGCAGCAGCAAAAGAAGCGCCCGCUUUUUGUCACGCCUUCGAUCUCACGAAACGUCUCACACACCCAUCUAUCACCAACAUGUCUUUCAUCCCAAUUGUGCCCUCGAAAGACUCGCCAUUCCCCGCUAUUCUCAAACGACUCGAAACUGCAAUCACAUCCAGCGCAGCCGACACCAUUCACCGUAUUGUCAUUCCUUCUCUGCUCAACCCCACAAUGUACCCGCCUGAUGCCUGCCAACCCGCGAAUGUGCUCCAGUUCUUCCAUGCCCUUAAAGCGCUGAUGAGUGCGCACACCACCCGUGUGACCGCAAUGAUCACUAUGCCUCUGUCUCUGUAUCCCCGCUCAUCAGGUUUGGUUCGCUGGAUCGAGUUGCUUAGUGACGGUGUCCUUGAGCUUUGUCCCUUUCCACACUCCGCGGAUGCCAUGGCUACCUCGGGAGCGGCGACCUCACAGGAAGAACCACCCCAGGGUAUGCUCAAGACCCAUAGACUCCCAGUGUUGCAUGAGCGUGGCGGUGGAAGCGAUCAGAAUGUUGGACAAGACUGGGCGUUUAUCUUGAGUCGUCGGCGGUUCGAGAUCAAGCCGUUCAGUCUACCACCGGCUGAGGGGGACACUGAGGCGCAAGAUGCGUCGGCUGCAGGCGGAAUGCCCAAGAAAUCGGAUCUCGACUUCUGA